CCGCGGGCUGGGAGGUGGCGGCUACUGGGUCCUCUCGGCGCGGCUUCUUGGCUCGGCUGCCGGCGCGGAGCCGGGGCGGCUCUCUUCCUUCUGCGCGGCGGUGGUCAGAAUGAGUCUGCAGGUCUUAAAUGACGAAAAUGCCAUCAGUGACUUCCUGUUUUCACCACCAGAACUUACCGGAAGAUCAUCUGUCCUUCGUCCGUCACAGAAGGAAAAUGUACCACCUAGAAACCAGGCCAAAGCUGCAAAGGUGACUUUUCAGACACCUCUGCGAGAUCCACAGACGCACAGGAUCUUAAGUCCUAGUAUGACUAGCAAACCUGAGACUCCUUUUGCUCUGGAUAAUAGCAUUGGAUUAGGAGACUCUCACUACACCUGGAUACAGAAAGAGAACCAACAGAUUACCAAGGAAGUGGACACCAAAGCUACAAAUGGGUUUCUCCAGGCAGAAGCAGUGGCUGAUAUUGACCUUCCUCCAGGAGACAUAAGCUUCGAAGCGUUUGAAAAUAAUGAUGGCUCAAAAAAACCCAGCUUGGCCACCCUGGCUGAUCCAAGCUCCUUAAGCUCUUCCCAGGACCCAGAAAGUCCUGAAAACCAGAUGUUGUCUCCAAGACAAGUGUCUGACAGUCCGCGUCACGCCUCAAAAGAAAGUGUUAGCUCUCAUUUCUUAGAUGGAAGGAUGCCAUCCACCUCUGAGACCCUAGAAGAUCCUCUGGGGACAGCACCCCAACACAAGAUGGAGACCCCUCCCCGAGCCCCUGCAGAAAGUUCACACUGCACUGCCUCAACCAUGGCUACUUCACCUGGUACCAGCCCUGAGAGCCCAUGUGGAGGGGCCCUCCCCAUAGACCUGGCCAGUGAGACCCCAGGCUCCCCUGAGCCAGCAGCCAGUGCCUUCCUGUCUCCCCACAUCUAUUCAUCUGGUCCUGAGAACUCAGCCCCAGCUGGCCCUCUGCAGACUGAUGGGGCCACAAACCCAAGUCCUCAGAAGGAAGAGGCCGUGGGCCAAAUGACUGUCCUCCCAAGGUGUGAGCCCAUAAGACUAGAAUUCGAUUUCUCUAAUGAAACCACCAGUACAAGGCUGGCUCUACCUGGGAGACGGGGAAAGAAACCCAAGGGCAGGCAGGAGCAGGCCCCUCAGGAGGCAGCAGAGGGAGGCGAGAGCCCUGAGCCUGUUCCCCAGGACUCUCGCCUUGGCUGGAACAAACUAGAUGACCCAAAUUUCAGCCCGUUAGGAGGUGGCUCCAAGCCUGAUGGCAAAGAGGCCUGGCCCCCAGAAAGCCCAGCAAUCAGGUCAGCACCACCUGUGGCUGAGCAACCAUGUAUCAGACCCGCAACCCAGGAGGACUCGCCUUCAAGCCAGCAGCUGUGUUCGGCCCCAACCAGUGACAUACCUGUGGUGCAGAUGGCAUCUGAGACCCCAAGAGCAGAGGGCAAGGAAGGAAGCUUGGCUCCCAAGAACUGUCUGGAGAAUGAGCUGACAGCCCCCUCUGCUCAACUGAUGCCCGCCCCUCCUCAUCAGGGACUGGAGCCUGCCUCGGACCUGGAGGAGGAGUGCUUCAGGGACCCAGCUGAGGUUCUAGGCACAGGUGCUGAAGUGGACUACCUGGAGCAGUUUGGGACUUCCUCGUUUAAGGAGUCAGCCUGGAGGAAACAGUCCUUGUACCUGAAAUUCGACCCUCUGCUGAAAGACAGCCCUCUGCGACCAGUGCCCGUGGUCCCAGUGACAACAAGUCUCAGCACACAGGAUGCCGAUGAGCCUUCCUUGGGAAACCCGCUGGAAGCCAAGCUUGUGGAGUUGGAUUUCUUGGGCACGUUGGAUGUUCCUGUAAGCAUCGAGGCACCGGGCCCACCCGCAUGCCUCCUGGAGCCUGGAGGCCCACCAUUGUCUGUCGGGCCUAUUGUGGACGUCCUGCAAUACAGCCAGAGGGACCUGGAUGCAGCGGUAAGCGCAACACAGGAAGAGAACCUGGAGCUGAAGAGCAGGUGUGAGGAACUCCGCGUGAAGAACCUGGAGAUGGGGAAGGUCAUGGAUGGGUUUGAAGGGCUUGUGUGCCAGGCAAUGGAGGAGGCCCAGAAACAGAAGGAGCUUGCCAAAGCUGAAAUCCAGAAGGUUCUGAAAGAAAGAGACCAACUCACUAUGGAUCUGAACUCCAUGGAAAAGUCUUUCUCUGACCUCUUCAAGCGGUUCGAGAAACAGAAGGAGGUGCUUGAAGGUUACCGCAAGAACGAAGAGUCACUGAAGAAGUGCGUAGAGGAUUACAUAGUGAGGAUCGAGAAAGAGGGCCAGAGGUACCAGGCACUGAAGGCCCACGCAGAGGACAAGCUCAGGCUGGCAAACGAGGAGAUCACCCAGGUCCGGAGCAAGGCCCAGGCGGAGGCCUUGGCCUACCAGGCGAGCCUGAGGAAGGCACAGAUGCAGAUCCACUCUCUGGAGAAGACUGUGGAGCAGAAGACUAAAGAAAACGAUGAGCUGACCAGGAUCUGUGAUGACCUCAUCUCUAAGAUGGAAAAGAUCUGAUGAGGGCCGUGGCCAUACCUGCCUUCUCCUGUCUGUCUGUCCGUCUGAUUUGUCUUAGUUUUGUGUUCUUCUCUCUUAACCUCAACUUCCUUUCAAAAUAGGUUGCUUUUAAAAGAAGACUAAAUAAAGUUUCCCUUGAGCUCAAAUUCUAAA